GUAAACAAUUGCGGGCGGCCAGUGUUCGACCGGCCCCCGCAAGUGGCGCGCGUCCCGCGAAUAUUCUGACAGCUGUCAAAUUAAAAAGUAUGUGAAACGCCAUAGCCAAGAUUCGUUCUUUUUUCAAAAGGGUAUAGUACGAAUCAUUAUAUUAAAGUGAAGUGCAAGUGAAGUGAAACUAUGUCGUAAGUGUCACAAUGUAUCGGCCAAACUUUUACGAAAGCACCUGCUUUCGGUGCAACGAGAUUGUGUACCAAGUGGACAGAGUUGGACCGCUAAAGGACUUCACAUUCUUCCACAGUGGAUGCUUUAAGUGCGCUGUUUGUGGCACAAAAUUGACUUUGAAGACAUACUACAACAACCAACACUGGACAGAGGAUAAAGAAGUAUACUGUUCGAGCCAUGUUCCUAAAAUCGGUCCUGGCCAUCUUGACAACUCAUCCGUGGGCAUCCGAAGUGCACUGAAUGUUCCAAAAAGUAACAACUAUGUGAAUGAACAGAUCAGAGGCCACGCUAGAAACAGUCAUGAAACUGAACUGUCACCAAUCAGAGCCACAAAUGGCAACAGCGUGCAAGCGUCCCCAGCGCGUGAGUUGUCAAGAGAUACUCCAGACUACCAAUAUGGAAGGUUCGACGCAAGCGCAUUACACAUCGCACACGCUCUAAAACAGACAGAGCUUCAAAAGGCCUACCAUAGACCGAGAGAGAAACCCAUUGAUUGCUAUUUGGAUCGAGAUGAACAGACAAAGCUUGAAAUGAAACACAGACAGGAAGAAGAUGAUCUAUAUAGAAAAUUCUCAAAACACAGAGAAGAAGAGAAUAGAAGAAUUCGAGAGGAGAUACAGGAUGAGUGGGAAAGAGAGCUAGAACGAUUGACGAACAGAUUUCAGCAAGAGAUGCAGAUAAAGAAAAGAAGACCUGAUUCAGAAUUAGGUGCGUUAACGUUACGGCAUCAACAGGAAAGAGCAGAUCUAGAGAAGAAUAUGACUUUAAGAAGAGAUAAGAAAAAAGAGAGUCUAACUAGAAAGAUGCUGGAACAUGAAAGAGCUGCGACGGCUGCGUUAGUAGAAAAGCAGAGUCACGAAAUGAUGGAGCUGAUACAGGAGCGAAGGUCUGAAUACAUGGCAGAAUCCUCUCUAUACCUCGACGGAGAAGAAGCACCGCCCUACCCUGCUAGGGCUCCUCCACCUCAACCACCUUUAGUCUCUAAGUUCCACAUAUACACAGACCCUAUGGAGUUUUCAGAUGUCGAUAAAAUUGCAAUUUCUGUGGCUCAAGAAGAUCAAAAGACAUUCACGGAUCUAGUCCGGCAGUUGGUUGGGAGAUGUGCGACGGAUGUGGAAAAGGCGCGAACAAUCUUCCGUUGGAUAACUGUCAAAAAUCUCAACAACAUACAGUUUGAUGACAACCUCCGAGGAGAUUCACCAUUGGGCCUGCUACGAGGCAUCAAACACGGCACAGAGAGUUACCAUGUCCUCUUCAAGAGGCUUUGCAGCUACGCCGGUCUCCAUUGUGUAGUUAUAAAAGGCUACAGCAAGUCAGCCGGGUACCAGCCAGGCGUGCGCUUUGAAGACAACCGCUUCAGAAAUUCCUGGAACGCGGUGUAUGUGGCAGGAGCCUGGAGAUUUGUGCAAUGCAACUGGGGUGCCAGACAUCUCGUCAAUGCUAAGGAUGCACCUAAACCUGGCAAUAGAGGGAAGAGUGAUAGUUUAAGGUACGAAUAUGAUGAUCACUACUUCCUAACGGACCCACGAGAGUUCAUCUACGAGUUUUACCCGCUGCAGCCGGACUGGCAGCUUUUAAAGACACCCAUCACUCUUCACGACUUUGAGGAGCUGCCCUUCGUCAGGUCUUUGUUCUUCAGAUAUGGACUCUACUUUAGCGAUCCUAACACUAAAGCUGUUAUGUUUACAGACUCAACUGGUGCGGCGACUAUGCGUAUAGCCAUGCCGGCACACAUGCAGAGCUCACUUAUCUUCCACUACAACCUCAAGUUCUACGACACUGAAGGAGACGGCUUCGACGGAGUUAGUCUUAAGAGAUUUGUCAUGCAGUCCGUAGUGGGUAACAUCGUGUCGUUCCGUGUGCACGCACCCUGCAGCGGAGCUUUCUUGCUGGACAUCUUCGCGAACGCUGUCACUCCUCGGGAAUACCUUACAGGGGAACCUAUGAAGUUCAAGAGUGUCUGCAAAUUUAAGAUAUGCUGUGCAGAGCUGCAGACUGUUAUGGUACCGCUACCAGAUUGCGCGAGCGGUGAGUGGGGCCCUACAAAGGCUACUAGGCUUUUUGGACUCGUCCCUAUUACGCAUCAGGAAGCAUUAGUAUUUGCGGGGCGAGAACUAGAGAUACAAUUCCGCAUGUCGCGCCCUCUAGCGGACUUCAUGGCGACCUUACACAAGAACGGAGUUGAUGAAAAGCGCCUCUCAAAGUAUGUCCACCAGAACGCGUCUGAUGACAUUGUGUCCUUCUAUAUUACUUUCCCGGAAGAAGGUCAAUAUGGCUUGGAUAUCUACACCCGCGAGCGAAAUGGUCCAACGGCGAUACAUCAAAACGGUUCAACAGAAAAAGAGAAACACUUGCUGACACAUUGUUGUAAAUACCUCAUUAAUAGCAGCAAACGGAAUUAGUAUAACGUUCUUGUAUCUUGUAGAAGCUGGCUCUCAUAUAUACUACACCAUUGUAGGCCUUAAGUGUAUUACGUUAUGGUUCAUAAUUAAAUAGCCGACCACAUAUUGAUGUGAUAGUGAAAUGUCAUUAUAAAAGUCGUUAGUAUUUAAAACAUAUUACAGCGCCACCUAUUGGGGAUUUUUAAAACUAAAGCCUUUAGGUAAUCAAUAGUAUCGAUGCAUUAAACUGGUUAACAGUGAGCUAACAUUGCAAUAAUAUUAUAUAUUAAGUUAUUAAUAGGAGUUAUUACGAAAUAUAUCCAAAUGUAGAUAAAUAAAACAACCCGUCCUUAAGAGAUUCCAUUUAUUAACAUAAAUUGUAAAUUUAAUCUAGGUUGUGCUUAGGCAAUUGAAUUGCUAAAUUAGGCUUAAAUAACCGAUUUCCAAUAAUAACUUACGGAUACAAAAUCUGUAAGUUACUAGUGAAACCGGUAUACGUCUGUAGUUUAAGUACUAUAAAAUAUCAAUAUAAAAAAUCUAAAAAUUUAAUCUAAAAGAAUGUUUGGCAAAACUAAGUUUAUAUUGAGUAUAAUUUUUGACACCACCGGUUGGGAAAGUGUUCCAAA